AUGACUGAUCUCUCGAAAGCAUUUCAUUCAUUAGACAGAAAUUAUUUCUUUACUCCCAAACAGAUAUUUAACAAAUGGUUGACUAUUGACAAACAUAUGGCAAACAAUGACAGAGAAUUAGAGUUUAAUAAAUCCGAUCCAAAACUUAAGUUAAAUCAAAGUCGAUAUGUCAGAGAUUUAUUGAAUAAUUUAUGGGUAGAUCUGAAAAUCAUUACCAAAAGAGAUACAAAAUGGCGACAACAAAAAUUUGAUACAUUUAAGCAAACAAUUGACCAAAUGAUUGAUAAUUUACAGAAUCCUAUUAAUUGUAAGACAACUAAAAAACUUGUUCUCCAUUUACAUCUAAAAAAAGGUGGAUUCGGGUAUCGGUUACAUCUUAUAGCCCACAGUCUAGUGUUGGCCAUUGCACUCAACCGGACAUUAAUUUUUUCAAACAAACCACACAUCCGAGAGAAUCACUAUAUUUUUCAAAAGUUUUUUGAACCGUUAAGUAAAACAUGUUUGACAGCUGAUGGUUAUAACAGUACCGUUUGGUCUAAUGAUAAGCCAGAUAUACACUCAUAUCAAGUCAUACAUAUUGGUAUCAAUGAGAAGACCAUUUGGCCAUCAGCUAUACCAACAAAUAUAUUACCGAUUUUAGAGAUUUUAUCUGAAACCCCGUUACUUUUAUAUGUGGGUCAAAUAGUUAAAUAUAUAACACGACCUAACAGUAAAUUAUGGCAACUAUUAGAUGAGUUUAAAAAGAAAAUUUUAUUCAAUAAACCAAUGGUAGGAAUACAUGUGCGGCGAACUGAUAAACUAAUAAAUGAUGCAAUUUAUCAUUCAUUGGAUCAGUAUAUGUCAUAUGUCGAUGCUUUUUAUGAUACCAUUGACUUAAUGAAUGCCAGAAAUUCAGUGAAUACAACUGCUGUUCAACGGGUUGUCUAUUUGACUACCGAUGAUCCCAAUGUAUGGAUCAAUGAGAUUAAGUCAUAUAUUCAAAAGGGUUACGUUUUUAAAGGAAGUUUCAAUCACACUAUAAUAGCUAAUAAUAUAACAAAACGGACCGAUAUUAUGCCAACACUCGACUUAUUAUUAGAUGUCUUUAUAUUAAGUGAAUGCGAUUACAUUGUGUGUACAAUGAGUUCAAAUGUAUGUCGACUGGCAGUCGAGUUAAUGAAAUCUCAUGACAUUAAUAGUGAUUAUCAAUCACUUGACACCAAUUACUACUUCAAUAGAUAUAAAAUUUAA